AUGGACGAGAGGGUGCACGACUUUCCUGGAAUGCUAGGGAGCAUAGAUUGUAUGCACUGGGAGUGGAAAAAUUGUACGGCGGCGUGGAGAUGCCAAUUUACUAGUGGAUUCAAGGGCAGCCACCCGACGAUGAUCCUCGAAGCCAUCGCUGACCAUCGGCUCUGGAUCUGGCAUGCAUACUUCGGUGUGGCGGGGCCAAACAACGACAUCAACUUCCUGAACACAUCGUAUCUCCUCACCGAGCAAUGCAAUGGCAAUGGACCGAUGAUCAAGUUCACUUCAAACGACCGCCGACAUCAUAUGGGAUACUACUCAGCCGAUGCCAUAUACCUAUGGUGGCCUGAUUUUCUGAAGACGAUCAUCUGCCCAACGGAUCGGAAGAGAGCUUUAUUUGCACAACGGCAGGAGGCUGCGCGGAAGGAUGUGGAGUGGGCAUUUGGUGUGCUCCAAGCGCGUUGGCCAAUAGUGAAAGGUCCGGUGCGUUUCUGGUACAAGGAAGUCAUCGCCGAUGUCAUCUAUGCGUGCAUCAUCUUGCAUAACAUGAUAGUCGAAGACGAAGGUACUGGAGUCACCGAUUGGGGCAAUGAGGAAGCUGGACCUAGCUCCGGUGGACCUAGCUCCGGUGCAGCGACCCCGCCCCACGUUUGA